CAAAUGCAUACACAGAUUGACAUGACACUGCCUUCUUUAGUGUUAUCCAUCACCACCUCCUCACCAUCCAUCCAUCCAUCCGUGUCAACUUUACCGACAAAAGGCAUAGUCGAGAUUAUUCCUGGAUUAUAGUUGUUUGCUUCAGUCAUCUCGCAGUGAAAUCUUGACCACUCGUUCUCGCUCAAAAUGACACGGACAACAUACCUUUUCGCCCUGACCCUACUACUCUUGAUCAGCUUGGCACGAUCAGAAGGAGAAAGACGAGCAUUUGUAACGCCAAAAUUGGUAGAAUAUCCAGCCAGUCAAACAAGUGUAUCAUCAACCGCAUUCAACCCUAACAUUCACAAUCCAGGAGGUACGACAAAUUCUGCCGGUACAUUUGACGUUCAAUCAUUAGCACGUUCAAGUUCUUUUACCGGAGCAGGCGCAAUUCCAGUGACAACGUCUUUCGUCGUUAGUGAAGCAAGUUUUGCACCUUCUGCUUCUGUUGUCACACCUGGUUAUUUUACACAAACCAGUACUUAUUCUCCUGCACAACAAAAUGGAGCUCAAAGUUCUGCUACAAAAUCAUCCGUUUCCUUACUCAGCAGUAAUGCAACCGUUCAGGCAGUCUCUUCCGAUCGUAACGGCGCUUUUGCUUUGCAUACACUCUCCCCUUCCGUUUCGAAUUCAUUGGCAACGUACUUGAUCACAUUCUCUGCAAUCGUUUUUGCUGCCGUUUUUGCACUCUAAAAAGGAUGUUCUCUUAAGGGACAAUUAUACCGAACGCACACCAUUCCCAAAAAAAUGGACACAGGUACUACCGUGUGCAAUCUCAACUUUUCACUUUGCAAACUCUUCGCUUUCACUACAUCACAUCGAUUCGCUUUCUUAUGUUUCAUUAUAUUUGAUUUUUUGUUAUGCUAAUUCAUAUGUUCUUUACAGUCAAUGGCUUUUAAUAAGGGACU